AUGUCUUUCAGGUGGCUUCUUUUCUACCAUGCCCUGUGCCUCUCCCUGUUGAAGGCUUCUACCCACGUCGUAGAGCUAAAUGAUAUGUUUGGCCAGAUCCAAUCACCUGGCUAUCCAGACUCCUAUCCAAGUGACUCAGAAGUGACUUGGAAUAUCACUGUCCCAGAGGGGUUUCGGAUCAAGCUUUACUUCAUGCACUUCAACUUGGAAUCUUCCUACCUUUGUGAAUACGACUACGUGAAGGUAGAAGCUGAAGACCAGGUGCUGGCAACCUUCUGUGGCCGGGAGACUACAGACACAGAGCAGACUCCUGGCCAGGAAGUGGUUCUCUCCCCUGGCUUUUUCAUGUCUGUCACUUUCCGAUCAGAUUUCUCCAAUGAGGAGCGAUUCACUGGCUUUGAUGCCCACUACAUGGCUGUGGAUGUGGACGAAUGCAAGGAGAGGGAGGAUGAGGAGUUGUCCUGUGACCACUACUGCCACAACUACAUUGGCGGCUACUACUGUUCCUGUCGCUUCGGCUACAUCCUCCACACAGACAACAGGACCUGCCGAGUGGAGUGCAGCGAUAACCUCUUUACCCAGAUGACCGGCAUGAUCACCAGCCCUGACUAUCCCAACCCUUACCCCAAGAGCUCUGAAUGUCUUUACACCAUCGGGCUAGAGGAAGGUUUCGUAAUCAGCCUACAAUUCGAGGACACUUUUGACAUUGAGGACCAUCCUGAGGUGCCCUGCCCCUAUGACUACAUCAAGAUUAAAGCUGGUCCAAACAUUUGGGGGCCCUUCUGUGGAGAGAAAGCCCCAGAACUCAUCAAUACCCAGAGCCAUAAGGUUCAGAUCAUGUUCCACAGUGACAACUCUGGAGAGAACCAGGGCUGGAGACUCUCGUACACAGCUUCAGGAAACGAAUGCCCAGAACUACAUCCUCCUGUCCACGGGAACAUUGAACCUUUGCAAGCCACAUAUUCCUUCAAAGACCAAGUGAUCGUCACCUGUGACACAGGCUACAAAGUGCUAAAGGAUUAUAUGGUGCUAGACGUAUUACAGAUGGAGUGUCUGAAGGAUGGGACCUGGAGUCAUGCGAUGCCCACCUGUGAAAUUAUAGACUGUGGAGUCCCAGCAGGGCUGGAACAUGGGCUGAUCACCUUCUCCACAAGGAACAACCUUACCACAUACAAUUCUGAGAUCAGAUAUUCCUGCCAGCAACCCUUUUACAAGAUACUUCAAAAUACCACAGGUAUAUAUACCUGUUCUGCCCUUGGGACCUGGGUGAAUGAAGCACUGGGGACAAGCCUGCCCACCUGCCAUCCAGUGUGUGGUGUCCCCAAGUUCUCCCGGAAGAUGAUGGCUAAGAUCUUCAAUGGACACCAAAGCCAGAGGGGCACCACUCCCUGGAUGGCCAUGAUGGUAGAGCAGAAUGGACAGCCCUUCUGUGGGGGUUCCCUUCUAGGCUCCAAAUGGAUUGUGACUGCUGCUCACUGCCUCCAUCGGCCAAUGGAUCCUGAGGACCCAACCCUAGAUGCCUCAUACUUGUUCAAUGCUUCUGAAUUCAAAAUCAUCAUGGGCAAGCAUCGAAGGCUCCAGUCAGAUGAAAAUGAACAGCAUCUCCAGGUCAACCGUAGCUACCUCCAUCCCCAGUAUAACCCUACCACAUAUGAGAAUGAUGUGGGUCUGGUGGAGUUAAUGGAGGGUCCAACGUUGAAUAACUUUGUGAUGCCCAUCUGUCUGCCAGAAGACCCCACACAGGAAGGAACCAUGGCCAUCGUCACUGGCUGGGGAAAGCAGUUCUUGAGGCGUCUCCCAGAGAAGCUGAUGGAGAUUGAAAUUCCAAUCAUUGGUCAUCAUAUGUGCCAGAAGAACUAUGCACUGAUAGGUGAUAAAGUGACAGAGGACAUGAUCUGUGCUGGAGACCUGGAAGGUGGGAAAGAUGCCUGUAUGGGAGACUCUGGAGGCCCCAUGGUGACCUUGGAUAGAGAGAAAGGGCAGUGGUACCUGGUGGGUAUUGUGUCCUGGGGUGAGGAAUGUGGACAGAAAACCCACUACGGAGUGUAUUCCGACGUCUACCACAAUAAGGACUGGAUUCAGAGGACCACUGGGGUGGUGAACUGA